AUGGACCUCUCCAAUAAUCGGUUUAGCGAUCUCUUGCCAACAAAAUAUUUUGAACAUUUGACGGUCAUGAUAAACUCGCAAGAACAUGGACUGAAAUAUAUGGGAGGGUGCUACUAUCAAGACACUGUGAUCAGAGAUUUCAAGUGUAAUCAAAAGCUUAAAUCAUUGGAGGGGCUCAACUUUUCUCAUAAUGAGCUUACCGGUACAAUUCCACCAUUAUUUGGCAAUAUGUGCAAUCUUGAAUGGUUAGAUCUGUCUUCAAACAGACUUGUUGGUGAUAUUCCUGAGCAAUCGGUAAAUCUAACAUCACUUGAAAAGUUCAAUGUUUCAGAAAAUCGACUUGUGGGGCCCAUACCUCAUGGCAAGCAAUUUGAUACAUUUGAAAAUGACUCAUAUAGUGGAAAUACAGGAUUGUGUGGAUUGCCACUUUCUAAAACAUGCAGUGCACAUCAAUCACGGCCAUCGUCAUUCCAACAAGAUGAUGAUUUGGAGCAUGGGAAUGGUUUUGAUUGGAAGGUAGUGUUGAUGGGGUAUGCAUCUGGUGUGGUAAUUGGAAUAUCUAUGGGAUAUCUUGUAUUAUGGAACACCAGAUUGGCUUGUUAA